AUGCGUAUGCGCGACCGAUCCCGAAUCAUUGGUGAUCAAUCCGCCAAAGAGCCCCGCCUUCACCCGGGUGUACCACACCCCGUCACGGGCCCCUUCAAGCAGCCCAUCGGCCUCUUCAUCAACAACGAGUUUGUCGAGGGUGUCAAGAAGCAAAAGUUUGACGUCAUCAACCCCAGCACCGAGGAGGUCAUCUGCCAGGUGUGCGAAGGUACUGAGGAGGACGUCGACCUCGCCGUCAAGGCUGCCCGUGCCGCUUUCAACGGCGGCUGGCGCGAGACCACUCCCAACGAGCGCGGCAGGCUUCUCCUCAAGCUCGCCGACAUUGCCGAGGCCAACCUCGAUCUCCUCGCUGCCGUCGAGUCUCUCGACAACGGCAAGUCUAUUACCAACGCUAAGGGCGAUGUCGGUGCCGUCGUCGGCACCAUCCGAUACUAUGGUGGUUGGGCGGACAAGAUUCACGGCAAGACCAUCGAUGUCAGCCCCGAAAUGCUCAACUACACCCGCCAGGAGCCCAUCGGUGUCUGCGGUCAGAUUAUCCCCUGGAACUUCCCUCUGCUCAUGUUCGCGUGGAAGAUUGGCCCCGCCCUCGCCACCGGUAACACCGUCGUCAUGAAGACGGCCGAGCAGACCCCCUCUCUGCUCUCGUCUUCGCCCAGUUCGUCAAGGAGGCCGGCUUCCCCCGGUGUCCUCAACAUCGUCUCUGGUUUCGGUAAGACGGCCGGUGCCGCCGUCUCUUCUCACAUGGACAUCGACAAGGUGGCCUUCACCGGCUCCACCCCCGUUGGCCGUACCAUCAUGAAGGCCGCUGCCGACUCUAACCUCAAGAAGGUGACGCUCGAGCUCGGCGGCAAGUCGCCCAACAUCAUCUUUGACGAUGCCGACAUCGAGCACGCCAUCGAGUGGGUCAACUUUGGUAUCCUCUACAACCACGGCCAGUGCUGCUGCGCCGGUACCCGUAUCUUUGUCCAGGAGACCAUCUACGACAAGUUCCUCGCCGCCUUCAAGGAGAGGGCCAACAGGACGACGGUGGGCGACCCCUUCGACGAGGGCGUGUUCCAGGGCCCCCAGGUGUCUCAGCUCCAGUUUGACCGCAUCAUGGGCUACAUUGAGAGCGGUAAGAGCGAGGGCGCCACCGUCGAGACUGGUGGCGAGCGCCUCGGCAACAAGGGCUACUUCAUCAAGCCCACCAUCUUCUCCAACGUCACUCCCGACAUGAAGAUUAUGAAGGAGGAGAUCUUUGGCCCCGUCUGCGCCAUUGCCAAGUUCAAGGAUGCCGAGGAUGUCGUGCACCUUGCCAACGACACCAACUACGGUCUCGCGGCCGCCGUGCACACCAAGAACAUCACCACGGCCAUCAAGGUGUCCAACGCCAUCAAGGCCGGUACCGUCUGGGUCAACUGCUACAACGUCCUCUCGUACCAGGUUCCGUUUGGCGGUUUCAAGGAGUCGGGUAUCGGCCGAGAGCUGGGCGAGGCUGCCCUGGCCAACUACACCGAGAGCAAGUCCGUCACCGUGCACCUCGGCAAGCCUUUCCCCCACUAA